CAUGCUGAAAGCGAAAAUUACAAAUAUAUGUAAUCAUACAAAUGGCAGGGUACGGCGAUGAACUUUUUGAUGUAUUUGAAGAAAAUGCUGUAAAUGCAACCGAGUCUAGUGGUGAUAAGAAAGAUGAAUCAGAACUUUCUGUAAAUAGUGACAGCCAAAGGGCUGAAGCACUUUUAAAAACGAUAGUGGGAAAACAUUCAGCUGAAAAUAAUGGGGAAGAGGUUUCAACAAAAAAGGUUAAAGUUGCAACAGAAGAAAGCAGUUCAUUGGAGAUCCUCCCCAGAAUACAGAUUCAUAGAGUGGAGACGGUUGAAGCUUGCCUUCAUGAGGUUGCAGUGCCACCAGAUGAUGAGUUUGUCCCACUGAAGCCAGCCGAUGGGAAACCCGCCAAGGAGUACCCAUUCAUCCUGGAUCCGUUCCAGAAGGAGGCCAUCCUGUGUCUGGAAAACCACCAGUCCGUGCUCGUGUCGGCUCACACGUCAGCCGGCAAGACUGUCGUUGCUGUGUAUGCGAUUGCCAUGUCACUUCGAGACAAACAGCGUGUUAUUUACACAUCACCUAUUAAGGCGCUUAGCAACCAGAAGUACCGUGAGCUGUAUGAAGAGUUCCAGGAUGUGGGUCUCAUGACAGGAGAUGCGACGAUUAAUCCGACUGCAAGCGUUUUAGUGAUGACCACAGAGAUUUUGCGGAGCAUGUUGUAUCGUGGGUCGGAGGUCAUGAGAGAGGUUGCCUGGGUUGUCUUUGAUGAGAUUCAUUACAUGAGGGACAAAGAGAGGGGAGUGGUCUGGGAAGAAACUAUAAUAUUGCUGCCUGACAAUGUGCACUAUGUGUUUCUCUCGGCCACAAUACCAAAUGCCAGGCAGUUUGCAGAGUGGAUUUGUCACUUGCACAAACAGCCGUGUCAUGUAGUUUACACAGAUUUCCGUCCUAUUCCUUUACAACACUACAUUUUUCCUGCCGGAGGUGAUGGCUUACAUCUUGUGGUAGAUGAAAAUGGUGAUUUUCGAGAAGAAAAUUUCAACACGGCUAUGGCAGUGCUGAAAGAUGCCGGAGAUGCUGCUAAAGGUGACAUGAAGGGCAGAAGAGGCGGAAGCAAAGCCAAUGAAUCGAACUGUUACAAAAUCGUCAAGAUGAUCAUGGAGAGGAACUUUGCUCCAGUGAUUGUGUUCAGCUUCAGUAGGAAAGACUGUGAGGGAUACGCCAUGCAGGUCUCUAAACUCGACUUCAACUCAGAUGAAGAGAAGAGUCUAGUUGAGGAAGUGUUUAAUAACGCUAUUGAUGCUCUCUCUGACGAAGAUAAGAAACUACCACAGGUUGAACAUGUCCUGCCUUUGUUGAAGAAAGGUGUUGGGAUUCAUCAUUCAGGAUUACUUCCCCUGUUGAAGGAAACCAUUGAAAUCCUCUUUUCAGAAGGUCUAAUCAAGGCUCUGUUUGCUACAGAAACAUUUGCAAUGGGUUUAAACAUGCCAGCGAGAACAGUAAUGUUCACCAGUGCAAGGAAGUUUGAUGGAAAAGAUUACAGAUGGAUCACAUCUGGAGAGUACAUACAGAUGAGUGGCCGUGCAGGUCGGAGAGGUUUGGACGAGCGAGGUAUCGUCAUCUUGAUGGUUGACGAGAAGAUGAGUCCUGCUGUGGGAAAAGUAAUCCUCAAGGGUCUGCCGGACGCCCUGAACAGUGCGUUCCACUUGACAUACAACAUGGUCCUCAACCUGCUACGAGUGGAGGAGAUCAACCCGGAGUACAUGCUGGAGAGAUCCUUCUACCAGUUUCAGAACUACUCCGCCAUCCCCGAUCUCAUAGACAAACUGAAAAAGAAAGAAGAAGAGUAUGGCAAGUUCGUCAUACCGAAUGAAGAUCAAAUAGCAGCUUAUUACAAGAUUCGACAGCAGCUUGACAACCUUGGACGAGAGUUGAUGCAGUACAUUCAGAAACCCUGCUACUUGUUGCCAUUCCUACAGCCAGGCAGACUUGUCAAGGUAAAGAACAAGGAGGACAACUUUGGUUGGGGUGUUGUGAUCAACUUCCAGAAAAAAAUGGACCAAAGUGGUGUUGCUAAGGAUGCCAAUCCUUUAUAUGUAGUAGAUGUUCUACUCCAUGUGUCGAAAUCCAACAUACGCAGUCAAAACACAGCAGACGUUAAACCUUGUCCUAAAGGAGACAGGGGAGAUAUGUUUGUUGUUCCUGUGAUGACAGCUUUGUUGGAGGAAAUCAGCGCAGUCCGACUCUACGUACCACAGGACCUUCGACCUCCUGAUAACAGGAUGAGUGUCCUCAAGUCCUUGAUGGAAGUUCAGAAACGUUUUCCAGAUGGGUUACCACAUCUAGACCCCAUUGAAGACAUGGGCAUCAAGGAAAAGGGCUUGCAAGAAGUUAUCAAGAAAAUUGAAGCCUUUGAACAUCGACUUUAUUCUCAUGCAAUGCACAAAGAUCCCAAGCUGAAUGAACUGUAUUCGCAGUAUGAGCAGAAAAUGAUGGUUGCAAAUGAGAUGAAAGCUAUAAAGUCAGAACUGAAAAAGAAGAAGUCUUUACUGCAAAUGGAUGAACUGAAAUGUCGGAAGCGAGUGUUGAGAAGAAUGGGGUACGCCACAGCCUCGGAUGUCAUUGAAAUAAAAGGAAGAGUGGCAUGCGAAAUCAGCAGCUGUGACGAGUUGCUUGUUACAGAAAUGCUGUUCAACGGUGUUUUCAACGAUUUGACACCUCCUCAGAUUGUGGCUUUAAUGAGCUGUUUUGUGUUCCAAGAAAAGUCCAACGAGAAUCCUCGCCUCACAGAAACAUUAUCAGGAUCACUGAGAAUCAUGCAGGAUACAGCACGGAGGAUAGCACGGAUAAGCAAGGAAGCGAAGAUUGAACUUGACGAAGAGAUCUACUCGAAUUCUUUCAAACCCAACCUGAUGGAUGUCGUGUAUGCCUGGAGUACUGGAGCUUCAUUUGCAAAGAUCUGUACAAUGACAGAUAUCUUUGAAGGAAGUAUAAUUCGAUGUAUGCGUCGACUUGAAGAGGCUUUGAGGGAAAUGUGUCAGGCAGCAAAAGCUAUUGGCAACACAGAGAUGGAACAAAAGAUUUCAGAAGGCAUCCAGAGCAUCAAAAGGGAUAUUGUGUUUGCUGCCAGUCUCUAUUUAUAGUGCAGUCAUCUGGAGAUCCACAUACAUGAAGUGAAAGUUCAGAUACUUUACUAGAAACAUGAACCAUUAUAAGUCUUCUGGAGAUCCACAUACAUGAAGUGAAAGUUCAGAUACUUUUCGAGAAACAUGAACCAUUAUAAGUCUUCUGAAGAUCCACAUACAUGAAGUGAAAGUUCAGAUACUUUACUAGAAACAUGAACCAUUAUAAGUCUUCUGGUAGAUCCACAUACGUGGAGUGAAAGUUCAGAUACUUUACUAGAAACAUGAACCAUUAUAAGUCUUCUGGAGAUCCACAUACGUGGAGUGAAAGUUCAGAUACUUUACUAGAAACAUGAACCAUUAUAAGUCUUCUGGAGAUCCACCUACAUAAGUGAAAGUUCAGAUACUUUACUAGAAACAUGAACCAUUAUAAGUCUUCUGGUAGAUCCACAUACAUGAAGUGAAAGUUCAGAUACUUUACUAGAAACAUGAACCAUUAUAAGUCUUCUGGUAGAUCCACAUACGUGGAGUGAAAGUUCAGAUACUUUACUAGAAACAUGAACCAUUAUAAGUCUUCUGGAGAUCCACAUACGUGGAGUGAAAGUUCAGAUACUUUACUAGAAACAUGAACCAUUAUAAGUCUUCUGGAGAUCCACCUACAUAAGUGAAAGUUCAGAUACUUUACUCAAAACACAGACCUUUAUAACUCAUCUGGAGAUACACAUACGUGAAGUGAAUGUUCAGAUACUUUACUCAAAACACAGACCUUUGUAAGUCUUCUGGAGACCAAUACAUACAUGAACUGGAGAUAUAUAUAAUUCAGUCAAAUCACAAACCAUUGUAAUGAAGAAAACUUAGAUCAUUGUAAUGAAGAAAACUAAUCUGUGUGGAACAGUUAGAAUAACAAAAGACCCUGGCAAAUAAUGAUUGAUUCUUACAAGAGGUUUUACAGCUUCCAGAGGUUUAUUUCUGGAAUUAUAUUUCAAUGUUCUUCGCUUGUUCAGUAAUGUGGAAAUGUGUUCAAAAUAUGAUGAAAUGAGUAUCACAGAGAUUGAAUAUAAGUGGAAAGUCUCUUCCAAUCAUUUCUUAAAAGACAAGGAUGAGUCCAUCCCAUCCUCCUACAAAAAUGUUUUUGGUAAAUAAUUUCAGUUUGGUUUGACAUAAGAAGAAAAGUAAAAGUGUUUUGGAAAUAACAAAAAAAUACAAUUUUUUUUGUGCAAUUUAGAAAACGAUUGGCUCAGAAACAAAUAGCUUGUAGUAAAUCCCAUCGUAUGAAAAAAGCGUUCGGUAAAUUUAAAUGGCAUUGUUGUAAUCCUUGUUGACUCAUUUUAUUUUACCUUUUGAAGUGUGUCAGCCAGAGGGGAGUGUUGGCAGCAAUUUUGUUUUCUCUUUUGCAUUUUUUUUUUUUUUUUUUUUUUUUUUUUUUAAAUUUAAUAUUAGUCAUAACAUUGACUAGUUCAUUUUUAAAACACAGACAUCUUUCAAAAAUUCUGGUGAGAUUAUGACAAGAAUGUGUGAUGUAUCAGAUAAUACAUUUCUCACAGUUUCAAAGUACUUACGACUAUAUAUUAUUAGAACGCAGACCUACAUAAAAAAGAUAAAUGCUUUGAAACACUAAAAUAUGAUUAAUUUUUAUAAUGUGCCAUAGAAGCAAUAGUAACAUGGGCAACAAUAGUAAGACAUGCAGCGUAUCAAUCGACAUAUGCACCAUGGAUAUAAAUACUACCAUCCCUCACCCUUAAAGUAAAUGAGAGAAAAAAUUGGGGUUUAAGCUGCUAAUUUCAGAGGUAGUGUCUAUGACUACCCUAGUUCUGCACAAAAAGUGUCAUGCUAUUUGUAGUAGGACCUCGAUCAUGUUUCAAGCAUAAUGAUAGUUGGUACAUUGACGCUCGUUCAAAUUAAAUUACAGGAAUUUACUGGCCAGAUGAUGCAACAUUUUAUCACAUUUAUUACCAAUGGCAGGACUGGUAGCCUCAACUGUGGGGUGAAAAGUUGGGUGCACCUUGAACUUUGACCCAGCCAGAUGUUAUUUGGUUUAGUACUACCUGCAGAGAAUUGUACAUGGGUAAAGUGUUUUAGCUGGGAACCAGUGUCACUAAUCAUAACAACUUCCAACAGUUUAUGAUGAGUUUGUAACAACUAGACAAAACUAAAACCAUCACUAUUUGUUGUUUAUGACAAUAUCUUCAUGUAUCACAAUUGUUUAUUGCUUUAAAGUGCUCGAGACAGAUAUUGUGUAACAAACAUUUAAAAAAAAUUUUUUUAACUUUUAAUGCACUUGUUGACAAGCACAACUUUGUUUGAAGAUGCCGUAACUGAUUGUAAUGGUGAAUAAUUGUUAUAAUUUUGUGUGUUAUUUUUUAAUUUUAAUUAUAUAAUGUUAAACUAAAAGUGAAGAAAAAUGUCAAGUGUAAAGAAAUACAAAAUCUAUAUUUGCAUAUAUAAUAUGUGCAUAGAAAUGAAAUAUUGGGGGUGGAGAUAAAGAUGGAGAAAACAUUUUGUUUUAAAACCUGUAAAUAUUUGUAUAUAAUAUGAAAUAAAGUGUAAAUUGAU